AUGCCUCGCUCACCUGAUUCUCACAACGACCAGGCUUCAACCAACUACAAGGAAGCGUUCUCGCUUUUCGACAAGCGCGGCACGGGAAAGGUAUCGCUCGAGUCGCUUGGUGACCUGCUGCGCGCAUGCGGCCAGAACCCUACCCUCGCGGAGAUUGCGGAUCUGGAGAAGAGUAUCGGCGGCGACUUUGAUUUCGAAUCGUUCCUGAAGGUACUGAACCGUCCAGGUGGAUUCCGGGAGCCCGGCGAGCCCGAGGAAUACUGUCGGGGAUUCCAGGUGUUUGAUAAGGAUAUGACUGGGUUUAUUGGUGUGGGGCAGUUGCGUUACAUUCUCACGAAUCUGGGCGAGAAGAUGUCGGACGAGGAGGUCGAUGAGCUGCUGAAGGCCGUUGAUACCAGCUCUGGCGAGAUCAACUACACCGAACUCGUCCGCACGAUCCUGGCCAACUGA